AUGGAAAUCAAUGAGCAAGGUUCAGCAAUUAUGAAAAUUUGCUACAGAACUGUCGACACUGCUGUGGAUAUGGCCAUUGAUGCAUCAAAAAUAACACCAUUUAGUGGUAAUCAAAAACAGCACGUUCCUGUUAAAUUAGAAAUCAAAUCUGAACAUAAUGACGACAACACUCCUAUCACACGUAAAAUAGGUGUUCGCAGGUAUAACUUCCGGUGUAAAUAUUGUUGGGUCUCCACAACAACAAAACCGGCUUUGGACAUCCACAUGCAGCUACAUACACAAGGUCAAGAUGUCCCCAAAAAAUAUGGAGUUUUUCGAUUCCGUUGUGACAAGUGUCCAUCUUAUGGUGUUUACAGAAGGUCUCAUGUUGAGCGACAUGCAAAACAUCAUGAAUUACUGGAAAGUAAGAACUGGGGAGAGAUGAAUGUGGAGAAUGGUGUAGAGUUUUUCUCGUGUAAUUUCUGCAACUAUCAAACUCGAAGAAUUUUUAAUCUGGUCAAGCAUGUUCCCUGCUGCAAAGUUUUUAAAUCCAACAAAAAGAAAAAGAAGGUAGCCAUACAAGCAAUAAAGCCCAAAAAAUCAGCUGUUAAACAAUUAUUUGGUGGCACCGCUGUGGCAACCUCAAAGAAACUGGUAGAGAGAAGCAAGAAGAUGAUGACCGGUAAAAACCAGUAUGCAAAUCCUCGCAAGAACACAAUAUCCAAUAUUGACAAGAUGAGUGCGGAGCAGAUUACGCAGAAGUUUUUGGUUCUGGGUUCUACCAAACGACACAAGUGUAAAUUUUGUGGCUACGAGUCUGAUAACCUUGGCCAUGUCAUACGUCACAUGCCAGUACACCGUGCCAAUGCUCAUAAAUGGCCAUAUAAGUGUACUCAUUGUAGUGCUAGUUUCAAUAUCAAAGGUAUUUUGGUGUCGCAUAUGAAAGUCCACCAGGUUGAGCCAUUGCGAGAUAGCUACGCAUGUGAUCAUUGUGAUAAAGUGUAUUCGACCAAAGCUGGGCGUCACAAGCAUAUGACUGUACAUCAUGGUGAAUACAUUAAGAAGAGAGUGGCGAAACUUAAAAUCAAAGUGAAGACCCCCAACAAAUUAUUGGGUUUAAAGAAGAAGGAGGAGGAAUGUACACUGCAGAUAAAAACAGAGCCUGCAGUCCCUGUCCAGGAAGCGCCUUUGAUUUUAGAUACAUUCAACUGCGCACAGUGCAAUUAUGUUGCCCAGACAAUGGUCCUUUUAAAGAUCCAUGUGCGAGAGUUCCAUUCCCCUCAGAAGUCUCUACACUGUGCUCACUGUAGUUACUCCACAAUUGAGACGUCUGACCUCGCUAGCCAUAAUGAUAUGAUGCAUGGUAGUAAAUUAAAUGUCAACAGCACUGAUAUGAUGCAGUGUGUACUCUGUUCAUUCACCACAGUGGAACACAGCGCCCUCACAGCUCAUCUUAAGGAACACAUUAAUGGUAAGCCGUACAAGUGUGAAGAAUGCCACUAUACAACUUUAGAUGGCCGUGAUCUUCUGGAACAUUCCAAAAUCCAUAUCAAAGAGAAUACAUUCAAGUGCCUUUCUUGUCCCUUUGAAACAGCAUGGAAGCCUGACCUUGAAGCCCAUUUAGUUGGUCACAGUGCUCAAAAAGCUUACAGCUGUCCGUACUGCGAAUACUCUGUCAGUACCACCAGGAAUCUUGAAAUUCACAUGCGGCUGCACAUCAAGGUAGAGCCGUUCAGAUGUGAGUUGUGUGACUUUGUAUCUGGCAAUGCUAAAACAUUUGAAUGGCAUAUGCGCUGUCACACUGAUGACUCGCUUUUCAAGUGUGAUUGCUGCGAGUCUUACUUUCAGAAGAAGAGUAGUCUUCUACUGCAUAUGAAAAUGCAUAGAUUGAACACUGUUCAAGAAACAGACGUGACAAUAAUCAGCAUCCCGCCUUCUACACUCUUGAAUGAAGACAUGAAAGUAUGUGAUUUGUGUGACUUCCAAACCAAGGGCUCGCUUAUCAUGGCCCAGCAUCGCAGAAAUGAACAUUCAGAUGCUUUGCCGUUCAAGUGUAAUAUGUGUGUGUACUCCGCCUCUAAGCUGACCAAUUUCAGACAACAUAUUCGGCGCUACCAUAUGGAUCACAGCACACAGUACAAGUGCGAACAGUGCGACUUCGUGGCAAUUCAAAGAUCUGAUUUGGUCGUCCACGGAAGAAAACAUUCAGGACUAAAGCCGUACAAAUGUGAUCAGUGUGAUUAUGAGACAGCUCGGAAAAGUCUUUUGACGCAACAUUUUCGGCAACACUCUGGUGCAAGACCCUAUGUAUGUAAUAUGUGUCCAUUUGCUACUGCUACCUACAAUAAUCUUAUGAGACAUCGACGAUGCCACAGUGGAGAGAAACCUUACCAGUGUAAGGAAUGUGAUUUCUCUACUUCACAGAAAAGUCAUCUAAUGAGACACAUGCGAGUUCACUUCAGCUCAAAGCCAUUUGCGUGUGACAAGUGCGCCUUCCAAACAGCUCAUCCAUCAGAGCUGAAGCGACAUGAAUCGCAACACAACUUUGAGAAAAAGCACAAGUGCCCAUUGUGCUGUUACUCAUCCAAUAAGCAGUAUGCAAUUAAUCGACAUGUGAGAUCAUGCCAUGGCGAUUGCAACGUUGAAUCUCAGACGCGUCCAAGUUGGGGAGAGGAUGUACCACAGCCAUUGGAACACUUAAAACCUGUCUCCAAACUAUCGUUAACUGACAACAUGCUGUCUACAGUUCUGGAACCUGAAUAUCCAACAUUUGACACCAUGCUGGCUGACAGUGGUAUUGAUACUCCUUCAAUGCACAUUUGUCAGUUCUGUGGGCGUAAAUUUACAAAUCAGGAAGACUGUAAUCAUCAUGCAAGACGCCACUUCAUGCAGUGGCCAGAAGCCCACGAUCCUGCUCAGCUACUAGCUCAAAUCCAGGCCUCGGUCGAAGAAGAAGUAGGACAGAAAAUAACACAAAUAUUAUAA